AUGUCAGGGGUAGAAUGGGGAAUACGGGUCGUUUUGAUUUCUACAGUGGUGUGCCUCCUGAUUUUGCUCCUUCGGAAACGGGUCUGGAACCGCAAACCCUACCCUCCCGGGCCUCUUCGGCUUCCUUUCAUCGGAAGCCUGUGGCGGAUUGGGUUCAAACUCUCCCCCGAGACUUUCAUCAAGUUGGCUAAGAUCUAUGGAAAAAUUUAUAUUCUGUGGCUGGGUUCCCAAGCGGCUGUGGUGCUUUCUGGAUAUGAAGCAGUGAAAGAAGGGCUGAUAAACCACGCGGAAGAUUUCUCCGACCGACCGGUGUCCAGUGCAACGAAAGCCGUAUUAAAAGAAAAAGGUAUUAUAUUGUCCAACGGCCACACGUGGAAGCAACAAAGGAAGUUUGGGCUGGUCACCAUGCGGAAACUGGGACUGGGGAAGAGAGGCAUGGAGAACCAAAUAGAAGAGGAGGCCUAUCAGCUGGUUGAGACUUUUGCACGUGCAAAAGGGCAGCCCAUGGACCCUUCAUUACCCAUCAGAAAUUCUGUCGCUAAUGUGAUCUGUGCUGUGGCUUUUGGACACCGCUUUUCCAUGGAUGAUGAAGAAUUCCUCAAGUUGAAGGAAGCUGUUGAGUUUAUCUUAGACUACAGCACUAGUUUAAUUAAUAUUUUGUAUGAAAUUUUCCCAUGGCUCGUGAAAAUUAUCCCAGGGCCUCAAAAGAAAGCAACUUACUUCACAGAAGUCGUGCUGGAUUUUGCCAGGAAGGAGAUAGCAAACCACAAGGAGAAUCAGGCUUUGUACGAGCCACAGGAUUUUACAGAUUACUAUCUAUCACAAAUAAAAAGAAGCAAGAACGACCCCGAUUCUACAUUCAACGAAGAGAACUUGGCUCAAUGCAUUUUUGACUUCUUUGUGGCUGGGACAGAUACAACCACCACCACUCUGGAAUGGGCAGUGCUCCUGAUGGCUGUUUACCCAGCUGUCCAAGAAAAAGUCCAGAAGGAGUUAGAAGACGUUUUUGGUUCCUCACAGUCUAUCAGCUAUCAAGAGCGGAAGAAGCUGCCCUAUACCAAUGCCGUGAUCCAUGAGAUUCAGCGUUUCAAAUAUGUCUUUUUAUUUGGGGUCCCCAGACAAAAUGACAAGGAUGUGGAACUGUUUGGAUUUCAUGUUCCCAAGGGGACGUUCAUUAUUGCUGAUCUACGCGCUGUUCUUCUUGAUGUAAAACAAUGGGAGAAACCUCAUGAGUUCAACCCAAGCCAUUUUUUAGACAAGGACGGCAAUUUUGCGGCGAAAGAAGGAUUCCUUCCAUUUGGUGCAGGGACUCGGGUGUGUCUGGGGGAGCAGCUGGCCAGGAUAGAACUCUUCGUCUUUUUCACCAGCCUGAUGAGAGCAUUCACUUUCAAGGCUCCAGAAGGAGUGAAAGACCUCAGCCUAGAGCCGGUUGUAGGGUUCACGGUUCAUCCCCUUCGUCAGAAACUCUGUGCCGUUCCCCGUGCUGGUGCUUCAUGA